AUGGGGCGGGGAAUUGGCGGGGAUGGGGCGGGGGUUUGGCGGGUAUGGGGUGGGGGUUUGGCGGUGGUUGCUUUGUUUCUUUUAUUGGGGCAGGUGGUUUUGUAUGAUGAACCAACAGCUGGACUUGAUCCAAUUGCAUCAACUGUUGUUGAAGAGCUGAUCUGUUCUGUUCAUAUUAAAGGUGAAGAUGUUGUUGGAUUGGCUGGGAAGACUGCAUCAUAUAUAGUUGUAACUCACCAACACAGUACUAUCCAAAGAGCAGUUGAUAGGCUGAUUUUCUUAUACGAGGGGAAAAUUGUUUGGGAAGGACUGACACAUGAAUUUACUUCCUCAACUAGCCCCAUUGUUCAGCAGUUUGCAUCAGGGAGUUUGGAAGGACCGAUCAAAUAUUAGCAAAGGCUUUUUGGAAAACACAAGUUUGUUACUAGGUAUGUCAAAGCAUAAAAAAAAAGGGGUAUUGUCUGUUAGAGAAGAUGCUGGCCAUUGUGGGAUUGGUCUGUAUAAGAUGGGGUGCUCUGCAAAUAGAACAGUGCAAGGUAACCAGAAUUCUUAGAAAUGAGAAUGGACUGAAGAUUGCUUGAAGUCCCGCUCCUAUUUUUAAAGAUGCUACCUUUACACAGCUUUGAUAAUCGUCAUGAAGGAUUGGAAUCAAAGUUAAGAAUAAUGUAGUUUCUUGUUCAUUUGGGUAGCCACGCUUGCAACCAAGUCAUCUGUGCCUGUUCCUGUGAUCUGCAUAUAUGACUGGUCACACAAUCUCAUUCUUUCGUCAAUUUGAAUGUUAAUUUUGGGCUAUUUAGGGGUGGCCUUGUAGGGAAGCAUUAGGCUUGUGUUAGUCUAGGAACUGAUUUAGCUUCCUUGAGUUACCUUAGCCCCAAGGGCAUGCUUGAACCUGAUGUCUUGAAUCUCAGCAAUUAUGCCUCGUAAUAAUUCAGUAAUCUUCAGAAUGUAUGCAAUUUUGCAAAAGCUCAAAGAGUGUAAAUUCACAGGUUUAUCAGUCAUGAGAUACAAGUUAUAUUCCUUUUGUCGCUCAA